AUGCAAAUGUUGUACAUGGCUGAUAGAAAUUCAAAAAGAAACAACCAGUUAAUAUACCAAAUAACGAAUAUUGAGACAAAAUUAGGUGACAGUACAAGAUCCAAAAAGUUUACUAGGAAAUGGAAAUAUCACAGAUUAAGGUCAUUCAAUGACAAAUCGUACGGAGUCGAAGAUCACUUUCUCAUUCAGUUGAAAGAUAUGAAGAAACAUCUGUUAAUAUUUUUUAUCUGUUUUAUAUAUUUGGGCGUUUUGGGAAUCAUUGAAUGUGCUCCUGUAGAAGGUGAUAAUCAACCAAAAGCCAGUGAUGCAAAAUCUGCAUUCGGAGUGCCGUUUGAUGAGAUAGUUGUCGAUACGUCUUUGAUCGUGAAAAGGAAGAAUCCAGACAGACAAUCAAGAAAUACAAAUGCUUCAAAAAAUAAUUCUAUCAAAUCGGCAGAAGCUACACUUACGCAAAAUAACUUCACAUGAAAACUUUAUGAUGAUUGUAAUUUAGUUAUUAAAUCAUUUUUAUGAUAAA